UCAGAAAAGUCGAGAAUAAUAUUUAUUUAUUAGAACAAUUUUUUUUAAUGAACUUUUUGUUACGGCAAAGCUUUUUUUCUAACUAAAUUUUUUGUUUUGUGUAUUUUGUCCAUUUAGAGUUCUCGAUUUUCAACACGGGGAACUUCUAGUUAUUACGAAGAAAUUGAUAAUUCAGACGGUAAACAACGUUUUACAUUAGAAGCCAAAGCAUUUCUUUUAAAAAGUGGACGUGUAUCUCAAUUACUUCAAAAUUAUGUUCGUGACGCUCUUGACAUGCCUACUGUUGUUGAUUUUCUGAAUCAUAAAACAAAUUAUGAUGCAUGGCGCGCUGCAGUGUUAGCUGAACAAGAACGUACAAAACCGAUAGAUACUCCGAAAUAUCUGUCAUCCGAUACUGAAGAUAAAAUUGUCUAUUUAAAACGUGAAGUCAGUUAUUUACUUAAUAAAGUUAAAUUAACUUUAAAAGAAAGGAGAUAG